AUUGCUAAAAAGAAAAAAAUUAACAAUAAACUAAUGCAUGGAUUCUAAUGGGAUAACCGCUAACCACUAAUCAUAAAAUAAAAGAGUUGAAUGGGCCUGACCUACAUGGGAUUUGCCCAUCAAGUAAAACAAAUGAACAUCAUGGGUUUGUCAUUCUAAAACAAGCUAUUUUCUCUAGCAUAAUAUAUAUUAUGCUAUUAUUUCAUAUCUUAGUGGCUAAAAUAUAAUGUAUUUUAAAGUUAUUCAAUGGUUCAACCUCCACCAAUCCAAUUAGUCCAAUUUUUAUCAUUUCAAAUAUAUAUUAUGUAAUUAUUUGAUAUCAUAAUGAUUAAAUUAUAGUGUAUAUUAUAGAGAAUCGUUUGGUAUUUGUUAGUAAAAAACUAAACAGAAAGAUCUAUUUGGUUAUUUUUAACAUUAAAACGAUCCUAAACAUUUUCAGUUUCCUUUCAAAAUUCUAUAGUUUUAUUCCCGAAUCAGUGAUGUGCAAAUGGCGAAUUGCAGUCAUCUCUUUAUUUUUUAUUUUUUAUUUUCAAAUAGAAAGUUUAAAAGUAAAGAAUAAUUAGAGUUUGGCAUGGGUCGGUUAAACAGACUGAAUUUCAAGUUUAGGCCCGUUUUGAUCAAGUCUAAUUUAUGAUCACAUGAUUGCCUGAUACCCGAUAAAAAUCUCAAUCCAAACCAAUUUGGCAGGUGAGUCUGUGUUUACCACCAUUUUCUAGGGAUACAGGAACGGUGGUUCCUAUCCCAAAUCGUGUUGUUCAUUCUUGAUUUAUGUAGAUUUUAUCAUGGCUUGACAAAAAAAAAAAAAACAGAAAACACAAUGAUGACAAGAUGAAAGUUUUAUAAAACAAAUUAAUCAGCCAACGGGCCGAGUAAAAGCUAGCAACGAUUGUGAGAUACUCAUUUCCCAAAAACCGGCAGGAGAAGCGAUUUUUUAUUCGAUUUUCUAGAAUUCGGUUUCUAUAAAACUUACUCCACCUCAUCAUAUUCCAGAAACAAUAUUGUUUCACAAGGUAACAGGUACUUGAUUUUGGUUCAUAAGGCUGAUUUUUGAUUCGUUGCAUCAUUCAUGUCUCUUUCCUACUAAAAUUCACUAUUUUUAUCACGUAUUUCCCAAAAUAACUAUACGACAAUAAGCGAUACACCCAUUACAUUAUCAAAUUUCAUUGCUCACCUUUCUCCGGCCAAAUGGCCGGGUCCCACACCAGUACAUUAUGAAACCAAAAAACAUAUUCAUUUUCAAUAUGAAUUUAAGACAUUCACUGCAAAAAUAUAUAGCAUCCGGUAGUUUCAAAUUUGUAAGACAAAUUACAUUACGAUUCGAAUCACCAAUUAUUAACUAGCACAUCUACUAAACAAUAAACAACUAACAUAAUAUUACUUAAUAUAUUAAUAUCUAAUAUUGGAGUUACUAUUCAUUAGUGGCUCUCAAACUCCUCCAAAUGCAAGUAGGGAAGUUUCAAGUUCUUCUUUUACCUCACUCUCUCAUUUUAUAACAUAUGUGUUCAUCUAUUUGUCCGUCGAGUCUACAUAUAUUAGUCAUUAGAUUUCCCAUAUUAAUUGUCUACUUAAGUUUUCAUUUAUUGUUCAUUAUUUUCCCUGUUGUAGCAAUUAUCAAUCAGGUUUUCGUCUAUGAUAUUUUACCCAAAUUAAUUAAUUAUUAAUAUAUAAAAGCCUAGCAUUGAAGUUACUAUUCAUUUGUGGCUCUCAAACUCCUCCAAGUGCAAGUAGGGAAGUUUCAAGUUUUUCUUUUACCUCACUCUAUCAUUCUAUAACAUAUGUGUUCAUCUAUUGUCCGUCGGGUCUACAUCUAUUAGCCAUUAGGUUUCCCACAUUAAUUGUCUACUUAAGUUUUCAUCUAUUGUUCAUUGUUUUCCCUGUUGUAGCAAUUAUCAAUUAGGUUUUUGUUUAUGAUAUUUUACCCAAAUCAUCACCUUGCCCCACCAAUUCGCAACUCAUCUCGAAACCCUAUCGAUGAAAUCAAUGAAAAAUAGACAUCACGACAGCUACCGAAUAUCCAUAACAUAUAUAAUUCACAACCCUUCUCAUACAUUGUUGGUGGAAUCCUAAGUUGUACCCAUCCACCAUGUCUCAAGACAACUACCGAAAAUCCGUACUAAAUCUACUAUAUGUUCCCGAGUUUUGUAUUGGGAUCGAGUUUCAUAUUCUUUAGUGUUUUCUUAUUUCUCUUAGCAUGACAAUUGAACUCAAACUCAUGGGUAUCCAACCUAAUUUGACCAAGUUAAAGAGACUCGAACCCAACAUUAGUAUUUGUGAAUUUCUAUUUUUCCCCUUUCGUUUAGAAUGACAAUUGAACCCAAAACCAUGCUAUUGACGAGAGUUUUAUCCACUUUUGUAGUUGGCAAGUUGGGCCGAGUGUGAUUUUGUUAAGAACUCGAUUCGACCGGGUCAAACCAAGCUGAAUGAGUUUUGGAUCGAGAGUGAGUUUUGUCCGCUUUAAUGAUUUUUAUUUCCCCUUUUCCUUUUGGCUAAGAAUGAAAAUUGAACCUAGACCCAUUCUAACGAGUUUUUUUUAUCGAGAGUGCGUUUUAUCUGCUUAUAGAAUUAGCAUGUUGAGUCGAGUGUGAAUUGUUAAAAACUAGGUUCGAACCAGUCAAGGUGACUUGAGCUCGGUGUGUAAAGUUUUGGGUAUGGAGCGAGUUUUAUCCGCUUUAAUGUUUUCAUUUAUCUUUUACCUUUUGGUUGAGCACCCAAGCCUAUGGGUAUCCAACCUAUUCAAUAUGAUCAAAACAACUUGAACCCGAUAUUUACAACUUAAACAUAGGAAUCAUUUGGUCAACGACUCUUCUCCCUUAUUAAAGUCCAUCGUUGCGUCGACUACAUGGAGUUGUAGAUGAUGAGCCCUUUGCUUUUGGGUCAAAAUUCAAACUAUUAAUUUUAAAAUAUCAAUACACUGAGACGCGAAGCGAUAGCGAACGAACUUAUACUAGUUAUUAACAAAUGGGAAUGAAAUGAGAAAGUAAAGAGAGAAUUGAGGGAAACAAAUUAGUGUUUGAUUGGUUAAUUAGUAAUUUCCCUUUCAAUUAUUGAGAGGUUACAAUAUUAUUCCUUUAUUUUUAAUCUAGUAAGAAAUAAUUUUGAUUGUAUGGAUAUGUGUAUGGUCGUAGUAGAUUAAAAUCGAAUAUGCCCCAUCUUCAACAAACCUUUUAUAAGUUUACUCAUAUCCAAUCAAUACAAAAAUUCCUCUCAUUAACUAGAUUGAGAACAAUCUGAGUACACAAAAUUACCGGUUUGAUUGUCAUCCGACUCAUCCCUAACCAACCCCUCAUUUUGUAUUGCAACUUGUUAGCCAGGAAAACAGGACAACAAAAUGCUUCGGCCUAGCCGAAGGGAAAAGAAACAAACGAGAAGGGAAUGAAAUCAAGAAGACAACGAUAAGAUAGCAACACAUUAAUCUGCCGCAAUCGGGAUGCUUUUUUUUGGUCCUUACUUCACCACUAAACCAUAUAUCUGAACUCGACGCCUGACAGAGCCAAACAGAUCACAGAGUACAUAAUCUGAUUACAGAGAGAUCAAUCAAUCAACCGUUUGAGGAAAGAUGCAAUCGAACGAGAUCACCACCGCAGAAGCAAUCAAAGACAAGGUCUUCCUAGUCACCGGCGGAUUGGGCUACGUGGGUUCCGCCCUCUGCCUCGAGCUACUCCGCCGAGGAGCUCGCCAAGUCCGCGCCUUCGACCUCCGACCAACUUCUCCAUGGUCCAAAUCUCUCACCAACGCCGGCGUCCAAUUUAUCCAAGGGGACCUUACCGAAAAGGAAGAUGUAGGCAAUGCGAUCCGCGGCGCCGACUGCGUCUUCCACUUGGCCUCAUACGGCAUGUCCGGCAAAGAAAUGCUCCGAUUCGCGCGUGUCGACCAGAUCAACAUUAAUGGAACCCGCCACGUUUUGGAAGCUUGCCUCCAGUUCGACGUCGGCCGGCUUGUUUACGUCAGCACAACCAAUGUCGUCUUUGGAGGGAAGGAGAUCGUCAAUGGGAAUGAAGCCUUGCCUUACUUCCCUCUCGAUGAUCACGUCGACCCUUAUAGCCGCAGCAAGUCCAUUGCCGAGCAAUUGGUGCUAAGUCACAGCGGCCGCCCUUUUAAGACGAAUAACAGGGGAAAGCUACACACUUGUGCAGUCCGUCCAGCCGGCAUCUACGGACCAGGAGAAGAGAGGCAUCUUCCUAGAAUCAUAUCCCAUGCUAAAUGGGGUUUGCUGCCAAUCAGAAUCGGCGAUAUGAGCGUCAUGACCGACUGGGUCUACGUCGAAAACCUCGUCCUCGCGUUGAUUCUGGCAAGCAUCGGACUUUCUGAUGGCAGAGGAGAUCUAGAAGGGAAAUCCCCUGUGGCUUCUGGCCAAGCAUACUUCAUAUCCGAUGGUUCUCCGAUCAACAGCUACAAGUUCAUGCAACCACUGCUGAGAAGCCUAGGUUACGACAUACCAAAGGUGUCCGUGCCGGUCUCUCAUGUGAUUGCUACAGCUAGAGCUUCCUGGACCAUCUACAAAUUCUUGUACACAUGGUUGAACCACGCCUGGCUUCCUCCGCCGUUGAUCCUCCCCGCGGAGAUUUACAAAGUAGGGGUGACGCAUUACUUCUCGUCGCUCAAGGCUGAGGAGGAGCUAGGGUAUGUGCCUCCUGUUACACCUCGGGAAGCGAUGGACGCGACGAUUUCGUACUGGCAGGAGAGGAAGAGGGAGACGUUGGACGGACCGACGAUAUGGCCGUGGUUGAUUGUUGGGUUUGGAUUGGGUAUGCUGUUCUGUGCCGCGUUUUUGCCGAAUGCAGGACCGGUUGUGCCGUUGUUGAGAGGUUUCAGCCUCUUGUUCCUGAGGUCGAUGUGGAUGGUCAGGGCGGUGGCUGUGGCGGCUGCCGUCGCGCAUGUGGCUGAGGCUGUGUAUGCGUUGAAGCUGGCCAAGAAGGUGGAUCCUGUCAACGCCAAGGGAUGGUUUUGGCAGACUCUUGCUCUCGGCUUCUUUUCCUUGCGUUUGCUGCUGAAGAGAAGAGAGCUAGGUAGGUAGACAACUAGAGUUAAGGUCCGAGGCAUUGUCCGAUUGUAUUGCUCAAGCCUCAAUGCCACUAUUUUUUUCCUUCAAAAUACAAGACCUGUUAAAAAAAUUCGUACAAUGCUACCUGCAUAAAAAAAAUCCCAAAAUACACAAAUUUGGUGUGGUUCGUUUAAUUGUUUAGUCAUUUAGAAAGCAGAUUGUGUUCAGAGAACAGCUAUCUGCACGUUGAUCGUGUCGGGAGUGUAAAAUCAAAGGGGUGAUUUGGUUGUUUUUGGAGUGAGUGUUGGUCAGCUUUGGCUCUUUACUUUUGCAGUUUUUUGGAAAAUGAUAUGCUCCCUUUUAUUGACUCUUAGCCUCUUUAAAUAGAGGGCUGAAAUCCUA